AUGGAUCGGCUGCUGGUGGUCACUUUACUGGUCGUGGCACUCUGUUUUCUGGGGAGCGUGGAUUCUUUAGCUUAUGACAAGAUAGUUUCCCACAGCCGCAUACGGGCCAGGAAAGAAGGUCCCAAUGUGUGCGCUCUGCAGCAGGUCGAGGGGACCAAGAAGAAGUACUUCAGCACCUGUAGAAACUGGUACAAAAAAACCAUCUGUGGCAAGAAAGCUGAUGUCUUAUAUGAAUGUUGUCCUGGGUACAUAAAGCUGGAAGGGAUGAGAGGAUGUCCUGCAGUGGCUCCCAUUGACCAUUUAUAUGGUAUGUUGGGGCUUCUAAAGGCUACAACCACGCAGCAAUAUGCUGACAUGUCAAAGCUCAGGGAGGAAAUUGAAGGCAAAGGCUCCUUCACCAUGUUUGCACCAAGUAAUGACGCCUGGGAUGAGCUGGACCCUACUGUACGGUCUGAUCUAGAGAGCAAUGUGAAUAUUGAGCUGUACAACUCGCUUCACUAUCACAUGGUGAACCACCGACUGAUGACCAAAGACAUGAAGAAUGAUAUGACCGUCACUUCGAUGUACAACAACCUUGGGAUUUACAUUAACCACUAUCCAAAUGGGGUUGUGACUGUGAACUGUGCCAGGGUCAUCCACGCUAACCAGGUGGCCCAAAACGGUGUGGUGCAUGUCAUUGACCGAGUCAUCAGCUCUGUGGGUAACACCAUCAAGGACUAUCUGGAAAGCAAUGAGGAUCUCGCCACUUUUACUGAUUCAGCUUUUGCUUCAGGUGUGAUGGACAAGUUGGGAAAGCCUGGUCAUUAUACUUUGUUUGUUCCAACUAAUGAAGCUUUUAAUAAACUGAGUGACGGCUUCAUGGAGAGAAACACUGAAAACCAGGCUGUUAUUACAGCCUUGGUGAACAACCACUUGUUGAGCAGCAUCCAGUGUGCAGAAGCAAUCAUGGCGGGAACGGUGUAUGAGACCAUGGAGGGCAGCACCAUAGAAAUCGGCUGUGAUGGUGACAGUCUCACGGUCAACGGCGUCAAAAUGGUGCUGAAGAAGGACAUUGUAACCUCCAAUGGUGUCAUUCACCUUAUAGACCAGGUGCUUCUUCCCAACGCAGCCAUGGAAGUCAAGGAAUUGAUGGGAGAUUCUCUGAGCAUUUUCAGCGACUUCAUUGGUGCAAUGAAAUUACUUUCUACUCUGGAGAUGGAGACUCAAUACACCCUCCUGGCUCCUCUGAAUACUGCCUUUACUGAUGAGGUAAUGUCAGACGAGGCUCUUCUGAGACUGACUCUGGAAAACCACAUCUUGAAGCUGAAAGUCACACUGAGUGAGCUUUACAACGGCCAGCUGCUGGAAACGCUCUCUGGCAAACUGCUCAGAGUCUUCAUCUAUCGCACUGCUGUGUGCAUAGAAAAUGCAUGUAUGGUGCGUGGCAGUAAAGAGGGAAGCAAUGGCGCCCUUCAUCUUAUGAAAUCCUUGAUCCAACCGUCUGAGAAAACGGUCUUUGAACUCCUGAGUACUGAUGGGCGCUUCAAGAUUUUCUUGUCACUGAUGAAUGCAGCAGGCCUGGAGAACUUACUAAAGCAAGAGGGCUCAUACACCGUCUUUGCACCAACUGAUGAAUCCUUUGAGAGUCUUGGUGAAGAGGACUUAACUAUGCUUAAAAGUGAUCCCAAUUUUUUGAGAAAUAUUCUCCUCUACCACUUCAGCGAUGGCAUCUUCAUCAACGGAGGAUUAGAGCGGGGGGUUACCAAUCUUCUCAAAUCCCUGCAAGGCAGCAACCUGCAAGUUAAAUCUGUAAACAAUUCAAUCUAUGUUGACUCAGUGGCUGUAGCAGACAAUGACCUGAUGGCCACAAAUGGUGUGAUCCAUGUGGUGAAGAAUGUUCUCUAUCCUGCUGAGCUUCCUGUGGGCCGUCAGGACCUCCUGAAGCUUCUGGAGAAGAUCAUUAAGUCGAUCCAGUUUAAGUUUAUUUCUGGAUAUUCAUAUGUUGAGAUUCCACUCACUUUCCUCAAGAUGACCAUCACUACCACUCAUUAUGUUGAAGAUCCAAGCCCUGAAACAAGAACAGUGACAAGAGUCAUUGAAGGACAGCCAUCUCUCACCAAGUUUACCAGGGUUAUUGAGGGGCAACAGGUCAAUACCAAGGUUACCAGAGUUAUUGAAGGGCAACCAGCCAAUACCAAGGUUACCAGAGUUAUUGAAGGGCAACCAGCCAAUACCAAGGUUACCAGAGUUAUUGAAGGGCAACCAGCCAAUACCAAGGUUACCAGAGUUAUUGAAGGGCAACCAGCCAAGACCAAAGUUACCAGAGUUAUUGAAGGGCCCAAGGUUACCAGAGUUAUUGAGGGACAGCCAGCCAAGACCAAGGUUACCAGAGUUAUCGAGGGACAGUCGGCCAAGGCCAUGCUUACAGAGGCUAUUGAUGAGCAGCCCACCAUCACCAAGGUAACAAGAGUCAUCGAAGCAGAACCAUCAGUCUCAAAAGUGGUUGAUGAGGGUGAGUCUUCAUUGACUAAAGUGACAAGGGUCAUUGAGGCAAAACCUUCCCUCACAAAAGUAACCAGGGUCAUCGGCCGACAGCCCACCAUCAACAAAGUUACAAGGGUCAUAAGCGGCACAGACCUUGGUGCAGAUAAGAAGAAGACAGAAACAGGUGAAGCCACAUCCAUCACAGUGAAAGAGCCUCAGAUCAUUGCAGGCCCAGAUUUCUCUAAAUUCACCAACUUCCGUGGAAACCCUAGUCUGGUCAAUGAGGAAUCGGAUAGAAUUACCAAACUCAUUCAAGGAGGGGGAAGGGGAUUUUCUGCUGCCAGAAAAGCUCCAGUCGGAAUACGGAGAAGAGCAAGGCUGGUCAGGCGUCAACAGAAGCCAAGCGAAUGAAGGCAAGAAAGAAAAAGGACGCUGACGCU